AGGGCGCCGCCCCCCGCCGCCAUCUUUGUGGCGGGCAGAAGCGGGAGGAAGGCGGCAGUGGGCUAUCCUCUUCCUCCUCCUCGGGGUUGAGGCGACUAAGUGAGCGAGCUAACCCUCCGCUUCCGGCCUUGCUGUGGGGCCUCUGCUUCCCGCUGGUGCCCCAGGCUCCUCCGGGAGAUGUAGGCCCCUGCCCCUGUGAGGGAGAGGCUGAGGCUCGGCGGCCGGCGCUUUCCCUUCUCUGCCUUUAUUUCUAACGACUCGCAGGUCUGUGACUGACCCCUCUCGUUUCUGAGUCAGGUGAAAUGGCCCUUCUCCGCCUGCUGGGGCUGCUGCCCGGAGCGCUGGCCCGGCCGGCCUGCGGGCGGGCUCUGCACCGGGCGGUCCCGCCACCGGCCGCCCCAGACUUCAAUAGCUUUGUCACUCGGACCAAUACUUGUGGAGAGCUACGUUCUGCUCACGUUGGACAAGAGGUCACACUGUAUGGCUGGAUUCAGUAUCAAAGACAAGGCCUGUUUCUGGUUUUGAGGGAUUUCCAAGGACUGACCCAGAUCAUCAUUCCACAGGAUGAGGCACAUUCCCAUGUGAAGAAGCUCUUGUCUGAUGCCCCAAUGGAGUCUGUUGUGCGAGUGACUGGAAUUGUGUCCCCUCGCCCCCCAGGGCAGGAGAAUCCGAAAAUGCCAACAGGGGAUAUUGAAGUGAAGGCAGAGACUGCAGAGAUCCUAAACUCCUGCAAGAAGCUACCUUUUGAAAUGAAAGAUUUUAUCAAGAAAUCAGAGGCCUUACGGAUGCAGUAUCGCUACUUGGACUUGCGUAGCUUCCAGUUGCAGCAUAACCUGCGGCUGAGAUCACAGAUAGUGAUGAGGAUGCGGGAAUACUUGUGUAACCUCCAUGGGUUCGUGGAUGUAGAAACUCCAACGCUCUUUAAAAGAACCCCAGGGGGAGCAAAAGAAUUCGUUGUGCCCUCGAGGGAAGUGGGCAAGUUCUACUCUCUCCCACAGAGUCCUCAGCAGUUCAAGCAGCUCCUCAUGGUUGGAGGCCUGGACAGGUACUUUCAAGUUGCUCGCUGCUACCGAGAUGAAGGUUCGCGGCCUGACAGGCAGCCUGAGUUUACUCAGAUAGAUAUAGAGAUGUCAUUUGUAGAUCAAGCUGGGAUCCAGAGAUUGAUAGAGGGCCUUCUGCAAUAUUCCUGGCCUGAGGAAAGAGGCUGCAUUACGACUCCUUUCCCUUCCAUGACAUACGAGGAGGCACUGGCUGACUAUGGGACUGAUAAACCAGACACUCGUUUUGGGAUGAAGAUAGUGGAUAUCAGUGACUUUUUACGAAGAUCAGACAUUCAGUUUGUGCAGAAUGCACUCAGUUACCCACACGGCACUGUCAAAGCCAUAUGUAUCCCUCAGGGAGUGAGAUAUCUUAAAAAUAAAGAUUUGGAGUCAUUAAAGGAGUCUGCAAAAUCCCAGUUUAACCAGGAAAUCGUGGAAAUUAUCUGCAGGCCUGAUAGAAACUUGAAGUCUCUGCUUACAAAGUUUCUUGGUGAGAAGCAGCAGUCAGAGCUUAUCCAAGCGCUGAACAUGCAGGUGGACGAUGUGGCACUGCUGGCAGCUGGUGAACACAAGCAAGUGUGCUCUGCAUUAGGAAGGCUACGGUUGGAGAGUGCUGACCUCCUUGAGGCGGCUGGGCUGGCACUCCGUGAUCCAACAACUUUUCACUUUCUGUGGGUGGUGGAUUUUCCGCUUUUCCUCCCCAAGGAAGGGAAUCCCACUGAAUUGGAAUCUGCUCAUCACCCUUUCACAGCUCCUCAUCCUUCAGAUACCAGUCUCCUCUAUUCUGACCCCACAAAGGUCCGUAGCCAGCACUAUGACCUUGUGCUGAAUGGCAGUGAAGUUGGAGGUGGCUCCAUCAGAAUUCAUAGCGCAGAACAGCAGCGUUUUGUGCUGGAGAAAGUGCUGAAGGAAGAUUCUGAGGUGCUUUCCCAUCUGCUGGAGGCUUUGGAGUUUGGAGCUCCACCUCAUGGAGGAAUUGCUUUAGGACUUGACAGGCUGAUCUCUCUCAUCGUUGAUGCUUCAAGUAUCAGAGAUGUCAUUGCUUUUCCUAAAUCCUUCAGGGGACGGGACCUGAUGGGCAAUGCUCCAGACUAUGUCACUCCAGAAGAACUAGAGCCAUAUCACAUCCAGGUUUCCUGGCCUCUUGCAGAGAAAGAGGCAAAGCAAAAUUGACUUAAAGCCAGUGACGUGAGCUGAUCUGUUUAACCGGAGGAGAUGACAAGAAAUCUGUGACAGCAUAGCAGGGUUGCCAGUCUCAUGUGAAUUCUGCCUGGUCCUGCAAACUUGUCUCUACAGUGGUGAAUAAUGCAGCAGCAAGUGCCUUGUGAGUAACAGUCUGUUCAUCCCUGGCCCAUACCAGAACAGGCACAGUGGAGGAGCAACUACUGAGUAGAGCAUGGGCUCUGGCAGCAUCCUACCAGACCAAGCCACUUGGCUCUGCUCUGUAGUAUACAGCAAGCCCUUGGCUGAGGCACUCCAGUGGGUGUGUUAACUCUGUGUUUAGGUUGGAGAAAGCAGCAAAUCGGUGGGAGGAAAGGAGGAAGGUGCAGAAGCUGAGGAAAAAAGAAGGAAGAGCUUACCUGAAUAAGCUAGGAAGAUGGUGCAAAGGAAGAAAAGGGAGAACUGCUGUGUCCCAGCUGAAAAGGACAGCAGGGAGCAUCUGCUAGAGGAAGUGCAUGAGGACAGAAGGAAGACUGCCAUUCUUGUCUGAGCUAAUACUGAACUCCAGCCUUCUGCAGGAGAUCCUAGCCUGCAGAUUCUUGCAGAUUCUGGGCUGCUCCAAGGGUUACCGGCUGAUUCAGUCUCCACAUUGUGGGAUAACAUUACAUGGUGGCACACACUUGUUUUUUUAAAUACUGGACCGUCCUGUUGACAAGAAACAGUGAGGUGGCUCUUCUUAACUUUUUUUUGUUUGUUAAGUACUGUCCAUAGACAAAUGGCAGUAGAGCUGACUUGCUGCUACUUGACAGAUUAUAAAAUGAUGGAUUUAUGUGCUUAAAAGAAAACUUAAAUCCUUUCAUAUGUUAUGAUUGUUAUUGUCAGUCUUGGAGCAUGAUUAAAUACUAUUUAAAAAAAAAAAGAAAA